UCCUCUCUUACUCUCUAACCUCUCUCCUCUCUUUCUCUCUCUAACCUCUCUCUCCCCCUUCUCUCUCCCUCAUUUUUGUCUGAGAGAUCGCGUAAGGUUUGGUCCCGUUCUUCUCUGACGCCUACGUUUCCCCUAUAUUUUUGCGUUAAUUUCUUCCAAUUCGAUUGAAGCCAAAUGUAGUAGUUGCAGGUCGUUGUUAUGCGUCUCGUUCCUGCAAAGAUCCGUAGUUUCAAGCGAACCGGGGGUUGCAGGGAAACAAGACGUUUCGAAUGAGGUGCAUUUGAGCGCAAAUGGUAUAUAUUUCCCCUUUAAAGAGGUAAUGCGUUUGUUUGGAUGGGAAGAUCUCGGGGUUGUAGUGUGUUUGGAGUUUCAGAGAGAGUGAGGGUUUAAAUGCUUGAAGUUUGAGGGCAAAUGGUGUAUAUUCCGGCGCUAACGAGGUGCUAGAGUUCUUAAUGGCAGAGAUCUCGAUUUUUUCUGCAAUGCAGGGGGCUUUGAGCGAGAACUCUGUGAAUUUGGAUAGUAGGAGGUAAUAUCUUCAGUUACCUUAAAUAUCUUAAAUACUUCUUGUAUUUGGAGUUGCAGGGAAAAAAAAUGGCGUGUUUUAUGAGUUGAGAUUUGGAACCUAAAGGAUUUCCAUUUAGAGAAGCAGGUAAACAUUCUUCAAUAUCGUGAAACUUUGCUGGUCCAGGGCAAAGUUUAGAGCUACAUUACAUUAAGGUGUCCAAAUCUUCUGCAGAUAAUUUCAUAAUGAAAAUUUUGCUGAUUGUUUAGAGAUCUCUGGUUUAUUUCCAUUGCUUAAGUGGUGAUUAAUUCGGAUUCAUCCUUGGAGUUUCGAGAGCUAUAAGGGUUUGUUAAUUGCAUAAAAUUGGCGAAUUGGAUACCUUUUGAAUGCAGAAGGUUAAGACGUGUUAAUUAUUCAGAGAUUAAUGGAGAUGAAAUACUUGGCUUGAAGAAGGUCGAUACACGUUAAUUGAGAGUUGAUUACAGACGUGGACUACAGGUAACAUUUGCUGGUUGUAAAUUCGAAUUUCUCACCAGGUAAAUUUGAAACUCAACGUUCAAAUAUCUCUCUGAAUUUUUUCUCAACGUGGGGUAGAAACGCCUUAAUUGCUUGGAUGUCUGGCCUAAAAAGGAAAAUCAAGAAUUUACCGUUUUCUGAGGUUCCAAUUAAAGGCUAAAAAAUACGUUGGUUUCAUUUCUUGUUUUUUUUACGAUUCGAUAGCCUGGAGAACGUGGCGGCCAAUACAAACAAACGGUCAAAAAAAUUCAAACAAUCGCCGGCCAACUGAAUAUUUUCCAAAGUAAAGAGUGGGAGUUGAAAAGGCCAAUAUAAUGGACGGUAGGUGUAAAAGAACCUGAAAAAGAUCAAGAGCAAAUUUUAUCAAUUAAUUAGGGGACAAGUUAACAAAUUAGUUUGGUUGGUGGUGCCUUAAAAGGGAUUUGAUGGAGUCUGGUAGGAGAGAAAGCACCAAGAGCAACCUGGUUUUUUGUAGCGGCUCAACUGCCUCUCCUUUUGGAAUAGCAAUUCCAAUGUCUUCUCGUAAUUCUUCCUCAUUUGAUAUUAGUUUUUUGAAUUUACUGUAAUUGGUCCUGCAUUUUCUGGGGUAGAAGAAGAAUAAAGGGAAAAUGGGGGAGAUUGGUGUGGGUGAAGAGGAUUUCAAGUGGGAGAAGAGGGGAGAUGCAGGUGGAGAGAGGAUUCUUGUUUCUAUCAGGCUGAGGCCUUUGAAUGCAAAAGAGAUUGCAAGGAAUGAUACAACAGAUUGGGAGUGUAUCAAUGACACCACCAUCAUCUUCAGGAACAGCGUGCCUGAGAGAUCCAUGGCUCCAGUGGCUUAUACUUUCGAUAGGGUUUUUCGUUCUGAUUGCUCUACGAGGCAAGUGUAUGAGGACGCAGCUAAGCAGGUUGCCCUUUCAGCAGUGAGUGGUAUCAACUCCACUAUAUUUGCAUAUGGCCAAACAAGCAGUGGGAAAACAUAUACCAUGAUUGGAAUAACAGAAUAUACAGUAUCAGAUAUUUAUGACUAUAUACAAAGGCACGAGGAAAGGGCAUUCGUCCUGAAAUUUUCGGCAAUAGAGAUAUAUAAUGAAGCUGUCAGGGAUCUCCUGAGCCCUGAUAGUACUCCUCUUCGACUUCUCGAUGACCCAGAGAGGGGUACCAUUGUGGAGAAACUUACAGAGGAAACCUUAAACGACUGGGACCAUUUAUGCAAGCUCCUAUCUAUAUGUGAAGCUCAAAGACAGAUCGGGGAGACUUCUUUGAAUGAAAUGAGCUCCAGAUCUCAUCAAAUUUUACGAUUGACUAUUGAAAGUUCUGCUCGUGAGUUCUUAGGCAAGGAAAAUUCAAGCACCCUUGUUGCAAGUGUGAAUUUUGUUGAUCUAGCAGGGAGUGAGCGUGCAUCACAAGCAUUAUCAGGGGGUACAAGAUUGAAGGAAGGGUGUCACAUUAAUCGAAGUUUGCUUACCUUGGGCACUGUCAUUCGGAAACUGAGCAGUAAAAACAGAAACGGUCACAUCCCAUACAGAGACUCCAAGUUGACACGCAUUUUACAGCCUUCAUUAGGAGGCAACUCAAGGACUGCCAUCAUUUGCACAAUGAGUCCUGCGCAUAGCCAUCUUGAACAGUCAAGGAAUACUCUUUUCUUUGCAAACUGUGCAAAAGAGGUGGCCACUAGUGCACAGGUUAAUGUGGUUAUGUCUGAUAAGGCAUUGGUAAAGCACUUGCAGAACGAAUUAGCUAGAUUGGAGAAUGAAUUGAGGACUCCUGGUCGGCCUUCUUUGACUACAAAUUAUUCUGAAGCAUUGCUAAGGGAGAAAGACAAUUUGAUUAAAAAGAUGGAGAAAGAGAUAAGAGAACUGAAACAGCAGAGAAAUCUUGCUCAAUCUCGACUUGAGGAUUUGCUUCGGGUUAUUGGAAAUGAUUGUGCUUCAAGGAUAUGGGAUGAGCUCAGCACACCUCCUAUGUCUAAUGCACUUUGCGAAGAUGAACUGUCAAUGAAAGAGUCAUCAGGUGCAGAUGCGAGCCUCAAUUAUGGUUUCAAAAGGUUUCAUAGGCCUCGUCUCUCAGAAACGAGGGAUGAUUGUGGCUAUGAUGAGCCUGACCUAGAUCCCCCAGAAAUGGUAAAUGAUUGUGUUCAUUAUCCAGUUAGUUCUCCGAAGUUCUCAGAAUCAGAGCCAUAUAAAAUUCAGGAGACUGAAGAUAAUGAAUCUGAUGCACUUUGCAAAGAAGUUCAGUGCGUUCCAAUGAAAGAGACUAGCAGAGAAGGUGAAGGACUUGAGCUUGCUGUAAUUGAAGAAAAUGAAGAGCUGCAAACAUUGGAAGUUUGCGAAAAUGGCUAUGCUACUGACCAGGAACAGAUUUACCUACCAGAAGAGAGAGAAAUUAGAGAUAUUGAAGAGACUGAUCAAGAUGCAAAUGCUACUUUAACGGAUCAACAACUCCAAACUGUACAACGAUCUAUUCAAAGUCUUGCAAGACCUUAUCUUGAAGAACCAUCACCAUGGCCCUUAAAUGCAAUAUUAAGCGGCUCCAGAAGCUUGACGUUAACAAGAAGCAGGAGUUGUAGAGCACAACUCAUGAGUGGUCCAAAUUCUCUAUGGCCAUGGGAUAAGGAACAAAAUGAGAAUACACCACCAAGCAGGUUUGAGACGGUUUUUCCUGGUAGGCCUGCAAGCAUAGGAAUGAGACUUCAUUCCUUGAAUUUUGGUGCUGAGAGUGAAAAUAUAUCAAGAGGAGAUUCUCAGGUUUCUGAAAGAAGUUCUUCUGUUGAUGUUCAAAAAGCACAAAAUAUGUUCAAGUCUGCAGCUGAAGAGAACAUUACCAGCAUCCGUAGUUUUGUUGUGGAGCUUAAGGAGAGGAUGGCCAAACUUCAGCAUCCAAAGCAACCUAUUGGUGGCAAGACACCUGAUGCCACAGAUGAUGAAGAAGCUGAAACCCAAAAGAACAUGCAAGAUGCAUUUACUGAAGCAUCCCCAGAGCAUACUCAAUCUCUCUCAAAUUGGCCGUUGGAGUUUGAGAGGCAGCGAAGAGAGAUAAUUGAGCUUUGGCAUACCUGCCAUGUCUCACUAUUUCAUAGAACUUACUUCUUCCUUCUAUUCAGAGGUGACCCAGCUGACUCUAUUUACAUAGAAGUGGAGUUGAGGAGGCUCUCCUUCCUCAAAAACAAGUUUGCGGAUAGGAAUCCAGGUAUACUUAUGUUGGAAGAUGGUCACUCUAUGACCUUGGCUGCGAGCAUUCGUGGCCUGAGACGCGAGAGGGAGAGUUUCAGCCGUCAAAUGAAGCGAAGAUUGACAUCUCAAGAGAGAGAAAAUCUAUAUAGAAAGUGGGGAAUCGGGUUGGAAACAAAACAGAGGCGGCUACAACUUGCUCAACAACUAUGGACUAACCCACAAGACAUGGACCAUGUUCAAGAGAGUGCUACUGUUGUUGCAAGAGUGUUGGGAUUCUCUGAGUCUGGUCAAGCUCUCAAAGAAAUGUUUGAGCUCAGUUUCACUCCUCAGAGGCUUAGUCGAAGAUCUCGCAGUUUGUUGUUUCGUUCUUGAACUCAUGAAUACAACACUGAUUCAAGGUGGCAGAGGUGGUGUAUGUAAGAACAGGUAUGGGUAUAUACAUUCCGAUUCUUUGAUCUCCCCCCCCUCCCGCCCCCACAAAAAAAAAAAUCUUCGUAGCUCUUUGAUUGAGUUAUCUUAGAAUGGUUUGUAAGAAUAAUAAGUGUAAAGCUGAGAAAAUCAAUGAAAUGUUGCUUUGUGUGAGAA